AUGAGUAUCAGCGUCAGUCGAGAGUCUAUCUCCAAGCUCAUGGGCGAGCUCGUGGACGGUUUCCCCAUAGAGGGCGAUGGCCGCUCGUCUAUCUCAGACUUCGGCAAGCUGCUCUUCACGGAGGGCCAGGCCAACGGCAGCAGCAACGCGGCCAACAAGCGUGUGUUCACAGAAAUUAAGGGCAUACCCCGCCAGAAGCAGCAUGAUGUGCGUACUAUUAUGAAAACCAAGGACAAGGCCGUGCCUAAGCGCUGGACGCCAGAGGAAGACGACAAGCUCCGUGAGGCUGUGGGCCGCCAUGGCGAGCGCAACUGGAAGUCGAUCGCCGAGGAAGUACCUGGCCGCAACCAUACACAGUGUCUACAACGAUGGACAAAGGUGCUGGCCCCCGGCCUCGUGAAGGGCCACUGGCGGCCGGAAGAAGACGACUUACUAAAAGAGCUUGUGGCCGAGGGCCGCAAGAACUGGGGCCAAGUGGCCACUCGUAUCCCUGGGCGUACGUCCAAACAGUGUCGCGAACGCUGGUACAACCACCUCGAUCCGAGUAUCAUUCGUGGCGAAUACUCGCCGGAAGAGGACCGCAUGAUCCUGGACGCACAGGCCAGACUGGGCAACCGCUGGUCGGCCAUCGCCGCCAUGCUGCCUGGCCGUACAGAAGACGCUGUGAAGAUCCGAUGGAAAUCGCUCUGUCGAGUGCGCAAAGGGUGCGUUGAUAUUGUGGCCAAGUAA